AUGUCUGGUGGAGCUGCUGGGGGGGUUAGAGUGGAGGGGAAGGAGGGAGAGGGAGGGCGGGAGGUGGAGGUGGAGGUUGUGAUUGGACUGCCAACGUUGGGGUUGGGUCCUGCGGCUGCGGUGGCCAGGGGGUUGGGGCUUGAUCGGUAUAUCCCCCUCGGCUACUCCCGAAAGUUCUGGUACGACGACAAGCUCUCGACGCUCAUAUCCUCUAUCACGUCCCCCGAUGGCCAAAAACGCGUUUACUUGGAUCCGAAUCUGCUGGAGCUGGUCAGGGGGAAGAAGGUCGUUAUUGUGGAUGAUGCUGUUAGUUCUGGGAAAACCCUAAACGCCAUCUGGAACUUCCUCACGUCCCCCGCAAUCGGUUGCCAAGUCAUCGCAGCAGGCGUGCUGAUGAAGCAGGGCGGGAAAUGGAGGGACGUUUUAGGGGAGGAGAGGGCGCGGCACGUGGUGGGCGUUUUCGAGAGUCCGGUGCUGAGGGCUGUGGAGGGGGGGUGGGAUUUAGCUUAG